CUCAGUCGUGUCUGACCCUCAGCGACCCCAUGGACUGCAGCCUACCAGGCUCCUCCGUCCAUAGGAUUUUCCAGGCAAGAGAACUGGAGUGGGGUGCCAUUGCCUUCUCCACAGAAGGCCUAAGUAACAUAAUAAACACCAGGUCAAACUGAGAUCAUCACCUAUCUCCAAUUCUGAAGACAGAAAAACACCUUCUUUGAAGAGACCAAGGGGACACUGACAGAAACUGACUACAGAGAAAUCUUUAAUAAGUCUCCAAAAGGAAAUGGUACUGAUGACUUUGAUUUCAAUGCAGUGAAACUAGAAAUUGAAGACAAAAAUGAGAAACCAUAAAUCACUUUAUGGGUCAAAGAGAAUCUCAAAAGGGAAAUUGCAUGGUAUCACUAAAUGUUCUAUUACCCAGGGUUACACAGCUAAGAGAGGAAAAGCUGAGAUCGCUGCUAUCUGGGACUCCUAACUAAGUCAUUUAGCUACAGGUUUGCGAGCCAGAUAAACCUCCCUGAGCCUCGGUUUCCCUUUGUCAAGUGGCCCCGAGGUCCCCCCCGCUGCUCAAUUCGGGCUGCAGGUUUGAGGUGUCGUGGGGGAGGGGAGGGGAGCUUGCUAGAGGCGCGGGAACAACAACUCUCGGGACGUCCUCAGGGUGCGGGUGUUGAAAGGCGGCAGCAGAGGGCGCUGGGUCGCCGGCCUGGGUCCGCCUCUGCCAUUGGUCGGGGCCCAGGCGCUGGGCUGGAGAGUUGGUGGAAAGUGACAAGUUGAGGGAGGCUGAGAGCAAGAGAGCCAGCGCGCAGAGCGGGAGGAGCCGCCGCGGCCGCCACGGAAGGAGCCCCGGGACGGCAGCCCCCGGGCGCAGGGCGCGCUGUUCUCAGAGUCCGCGCGGGCGAGACUCGCCCUUCGCGAGUGCAACCCCGACAACCCGCGACUGAACUGACUGUCCAGCCGCGGCGAGGCUGCAGCCAGAGGGCUGGGGAGGGACCGCGCUUACAGGGUCCUGAGCGGCCGGGCGAAGGCGAAGGAGCAGGUUAGACGGACAAAGAACUUCGCAGACGCCCCUGGCAUCCUCCGGGGAGAGCGACCGGGACGAGGUGGCUGGGACCCCGGGCAGAACCCGUGGAUGUUCUGCGCGCGGCCUGGGAGCCGCCGCCGCCGCCGCCGCCGCGAGAGGAGGAAUGCACCGGCCGCGCCGCCGCGGGGCGCGCCCGCCGCUCCUGGCGCUGUUGGCCGCGCUGCUGCUGGCGGCGCGUGGGGCCACUGCCCAAGAAACAGAGUUGUCAGUCACUGCUGAGUUAGUGCCUACCUCAUCAUGGAACAUUUCAAGUGAGCUCGACAAAGAUUCUUACCUGACCCUCGAUGAGCCGAUGAAUAACAUCACCACCUCCCUGGGGCAGACGGCUGAACUGCACUGCAAAGUCUCGGGGAAUCCGCCUCCCACCAUCCGCUGGUUCAAAAACGAUGCCCCUGUGGUCCAGGAGCCCCGGAGGAUCUCCUUUCGGGCAACCAACUAUGGCUCUCGACUGCGGAUUAGAAACCUUGACACCACAGACACAGGUUACUUCCAGUGUGUGGCGACAAAUGGCAAGAAGGUGGUUUCUACCACCGGAGUCUUGUUUGUCAAGUUCGGUCCCCCUCCCACCGCAAGUCCAGGAUCUUCAGAUGAGUAUGAAGAAGAUGGAUUCUGUCAGCCGUACAGAGGGAUUGCCUGUGCAAGAUUUAUUGGCAACCGCACUGUCUACAUGGAGUCUUUGCACAUGCAGGGGGAAAUAGAAAAUCAGAUCACAGCCGCCUUCACCAUGAUCGGCACCUCCAGUCACUUAUCUGAUAAGUGUUCUCAGUUCGCCAUUCCUUCCCUGUGCCACUACGCCUUCCCAUACUGUGAUGAAACCUCGUCGGUCCCAAAGCCCCGGGACUUGUGUCGCGAUGAAUGCGAAAUCCUGGAAAAUGUCCUGUGUCAAACAGAGUACAUUUUUGCGAGAUCAAAUCCCAUGAUACUGAUGAGGCUGAAACUGCCAAACUGUGAAGAUCUCCCCCAGCCCGAGAGUCCUGAAGCUGCAAACUGUAUCCGGAUUGGAAUUCCCAUGGCGGAUCCCAUCAAUAAAAAUCACAAGUGCUACAAUAGCACAGGCGUGGACUACCGGGGCACCGUCAGUGUGACCAAAUCGGGGCGCCAGUGCCAGCCCUGGAAUUCCCAGUAUCCCCACACGCACACCUUCACCGCCCUCCGCUUCCCAGAGCUGAAUGGAGGACACUCCUACUGCCGCAACCCGGGGAAUCAGAAGGAAGCGCCCUGGUGCUUCACCUUGGAUGAAAACUAUAAGUUUGACCUGUGCGACAUCCCAGCAUGUGAUUCAAAGGACUCCAAGGAGAAGAAUAAAAUGGAAAUCCUGUACAUACUGGUGCCUAGUGUUGCCAUCCCCCUGGCCAUUGCUUUGCUCUUCUUCUUCAUUUGUGUCUGUCGCAAUAACCAGAAGUCGUCGUCACCACCUGUUCAGAGGCAACCAAAACACGUCAGAGGUCAAAAUGUAGAGAUGUCAAUGUUGAACGCGUAUAAACCCAAGAGCAAGGCUAAAGAGCUGCCUCUUUCCGCUGUACGUUUUAUGGAAGAAUUGGGUGAAUGUGCUUUUGGAAAGAUCUAUAAGGGCCAUCUCUAUCUCCCAGGCAUGGACCAUGCUCAGUUAGUUGCUAUAAAGACCUUGAAAGACUAUAACAACCCCCAGCAAUGGACAGAAUUUCAACAGGAAGCCUCCCUGAUGGCUGAACUACACCAUCCCAAUAUUGUCUGCCUUCUAGGGGCUGUCACUCAGGAACAACCUGUGUGUAUGCUUUUUGAGUACAUGAAUCAGGGAGAUCUCCAUGAGUUCCUCAUCAUGCGGUCCCCACAUUCGGAUGUUGGCUGCAGCAGUGAUGAAGAUGGGACUGUAAAAUCCAGCCUGGAUCACGGAGAUUUUCUACACAUUGCAAUUCAGAUUGCAGCUGGCAUGGAAUACCUGUCUAGUCACUUCUUUGUUCAUAAGGAUCUUGCAGCUCGCAAUAUUUUAAUUGGAGAGCAACUUCACGUGAAGAUUUCAGACCUUGGGCUUUCCAGAGAAAUAUAUUCUGCUGAUUACUACAGGGUGCAGAGUAAGUCUUUGCUGCCCAUUCGCUGGAUGCCCCCUGAAGCCAUCAUGUAUGGCAAAUUCUCUUCUGAUUCAGAUAUCUGGUCUUUUGGAGUUGUCUUAUGGGAGAUUUUCAGUUUUGGACUCCAGCCAUAUUAUGGAUUUAGUAAUCAGGAAGUGAUCGAAAUGGUGAGAAAACGACAGCUGUUGCCAUGCUCUGAAGACUGCCCACCCAGGAUGUACAGCCUCAUGACAGAGUGUUGGAAUGAGAUUCCUUCCAGGAGACCAAGAUUUAAAGAUAUUCAUGUCCGACUUCGGUCCUGGGAGGGACUCUCAAGUCAUACCAGCUCUACUACUCCUUCCGGCGGAAAUGCCACCACUCAGACAACCUCCCUUAGUGCCAGCCCAGUGAGUAAUCUCAGUAAUCCCAGAUAUCCCAAUUAUAUGUUCCCGAGCCAGGGUAUUACACCACAGGGCCAGAUUGCUGGUUUCAUCAGCCCACCAAUACCUCAGAACCAGCGAUUCAUCCCCAUCAAUGGAUACCCAAUACCUCCUGGAUAUGCUGCAUUUCCAGCUGCCCACUAUCAGCCAACAGGCCCUCCCAGAGUGAUUCAGCACUGCCCACCUCCCAAGAGUCGGUCCCCCAGCAGUGCCAGUGGGUCAACUAGUACUGGUCACGUGACCAGCUUGCCUUCAUCAGGAUCCAAUCAGGAAGCAAAUAUUCCCUUACUACCACACAUGUCGAUUCCAAAUCAUCCCAGUGGGAUGGGUAUCACCGUUUUUGGCAACAAAUCUCAAAAACCCUACAAAAUAGACUCAAAGCAACCGUCUUUGCUAGGAGACUCCAACAUUCAUGGACACACCGAAUCUAUGAUUUCUGCAGAACUGUAAAAUGUGCGACUUUUGUAAAUGUGGUAUACAGGAGAAACUAGAAAGUCGUAGAAAAGAUUUAUAUUCAAAUAUUUUUAUUAAAGUACGGUUCUCAUUUAGCAGACACUGCAACAAGUAUCUUCUGUGAAGUUUAACUGUGUCUUACCAACCAGGGCAGACACCAGCCAGAAAAGAAACUUUGUGGGAUCAACACUCCAUCAGGGUGUACGCCCUGGCGUUGGGACUGGGACAUCUGGUUUCAAGUACUGAACACUGUAAGCCAGUGAAGAGGAAAAGGACCUUAUGAUUAAGUAUCAAACCAAAAAGGAAAGUCAAAUGGUGCUUUAUGUAUUCACCUUUGGUCACCAUGACUGUUCUCUCUCCAAAAUGUAUAUACCGUAGAAUUUGUCUACCUGCUGUCUUUUCUUCAGGACAGAUGUUCAGGAAUUACAUUGAUUCAAUUUAGAUUCUGUGCAUGUUUGUGUGGAAGUGAUGUUCAGAAUCAAUGAGGAAACUUUAGGCCAAACUUAAAAUCCCAAAUGGAAAUGAGCCAUAAGACAAGUGUAAGUUUCUAAGACAAGUGUAAGUUUCUAAGACAAGUGUUAAGUUUCCGAAGCCUUCUAUACAGUGGGGCUUCUUGGAGGGUGAGUACGCUUCUCUGUGAAUCUCCUCUGUUGAUCAGGAAGGCCUUUUCCACAGUGUGUUUACACCAGCCCUUGAAAUAACUAGGGCAUCAGAUCGUAAGAAGGCUACAUGUGGAUGCUGAAGUUGAUUGUGGGUUGAUAGUUCUCUGUGUUGCAUUAGAAAUGAGGCACCAAAGGCAGCAUAGCCAGAAAAGUGGCCUCUUGGCCUAGAUCAGCAUCCGUGGGAAGGGAACAGGGUUCCCGUGGGGACAGCCUCACAGAAGCUUCCCUGGACCAAUAACAUUGAAGAAUAGAGGUGUGGCUACAGACCAGACCAUCUGUGCUUGCCUCCUCCUGCAUAUGAGUUGUCCAAGGUAUGGGAGUGCACACCAUCAGUGGACUCUGGGGCAGGAGGAACUCUUUGUUAUCAAUAUCUAGUUAAUUUAAAGUUUCUCACACUUUAUUUUCUUAUCUGGAAAUGUUCACAGAUUUUAUUCCAGCACCAACAGUUAUAUGACAAUUUAUCCAUAGAGUUAGUUGGAAUCCAAAGACUAUAAAUUCUAUUUGCAAAAUAUUACAUAUCUUUGAAAACCAAGUACUGAGUUCUCAGCAAACAUUUACCAUGAACUGAAUUUUUUAAGCUGGUAAGUAGAAGCAAAAUGAUCAUUUUUGCCUUAGUUAGAAGAAGGUAUCAAAUGUGCAUCUCAUGCCUUACCUGCUAGACAUCUUUUGCCAAACUUAGAGUUCUUAUGGGUUUCAAGUUUUGUAUAAAAAGGAAUAUUAUGAUUGAUGUUUCUCUUGUUAAACAAACAAACAAAAAACUCCUUUAUUCUAAGAACAAUGUCUCAAAGUCUCUCUUUUUUUUUUUUUAAUUUUACAGCUGAAGAGACUUGCAAAGAGACUUACAGGAUAUAAAAUAAUUCCUGGCAAUAAUAUUUGAUAAAGAGAAUGUAGGAUAAUUAGAAGCACAUUGACAUUUCAAUUUUGUAAAACAACAAAUUCAGUUUAGAUGAGAAAUCAAAGAAAUAUGUUUACAAAAAUGUGUGGCAAUUUUCCCAAACAAUGAAUCUUCAGACAACAAAUAUGGACCUAUAGGUAUUGUGAACAUAAAAAAUUGGCUAUAUUCAGAUUUAUUUGGAAAUAAAUUAAUACAAUUUUACGGCAUAAAUAAGCUGACUCAGCAGUUACAUUUUUUAACUUUAGGUAAAGGCGAAUAUUUGUAUCCUUUUGUUGCUAUGCAACUGUUUAAUGAUGAAGAUUCAACCACAGUUUUGUAUAUCAUAUGACAAUCAAUUGUUUUCCAAGAAUAUUUAUUAUUUUAAGGAAACACAAUUUCAGUGAAUCCGAGUUUUUCUAGGAGUCCCUUAAAGGGAAAUUAGCAUUCCAUGAGCCAGUAAAAUAUCUACUCUGGAAAAACAUUACUAUGGGUAAAAAAUAAAUUCAAGUUAGUUUUUUAUAAAGAACUAUAACAUUUAUUUUAAACAUUUUAUAAUUACUGAAGUCAUUAAGGUGAACAAACUAAAUUUCAAAACCACUUGUAAUAAUGUAUUUUAUAAAGCACUGUGAUACUGCAUAACACAGUCCCUUUUGUAUUAAAAUAGUAUUUUUUCAUAGACUGAAAAAUAUCUUUUGCUUUGUGGACAACAUUUUGUAAGAUGACUUUAUUUUCAGAUCUUUUCCCUUUUUUUGCACAAAACUAUGUUUAUGGUUUGUAUCACAGAAAUGAAAUAUAUCUCUGCAUUUUUAUAUCUGGUCUGUUUCCUUGUUUCCUUUGUUUUUAACUCGAUAUAGAUUUUUUUUUUUCCGAAUAUAUAAUGGCACUACUCAGAUAUCUUGCCCUAUCUUUCCUUAUUUUCACUGCAUGCAUUUAAUCACUGUAUUACUUAAUGUUUGAUUUGUUAUUAUGGGCAUUUCAAAUAGACAAGCAUGAAAUUGUAAUGACAAGAAGCCUAUUUUAUAUUGAGGAUAUAUGCAUUUGUAUUUCACACACCAGAGAUAUUAAACACUGAUUAUUUUAUGCUGCUGUUUAUUAAAAAUGUUUACCAUAAACUA